GUUUCAGAUGCUGCUUGCGAGGCUGCCCUGCCCGCAGGCACAGUGCUUGUUAGAGCGUGGGCUGCGGCCGUCGCCCCCCGCGCCCGGCUCAUUCAGAGUCCCCGAUUGUGAUUGCGAGACGUGGCAGGUGCACGCUGGAGGCGGUAUUUUAUGUGCCCGCGAAGCGUUCUUGGACGGCUCGCUUUUCGAUGGUGGGUGGGACGGGGUGAGUUCGGCGGGGUGGGCGAUUGCGGUGCUGCAUGAAGCCGACCCGCUGUGUGCCAACGACGUGGUACAUGGCAGGUUGCCGUUUGCCUACCGCGACAUCGAUGGCGCAGAGCUGCUUGCACUAGCGAAGCUGCUGCGAAUCUCGGUGCCGCCUAUAUGCGCGGUCACUGACUCGAAGUUUGUUGCUGACGGCAUAGAGCGUGGCAGGCUGGCGGCUGCUGAUCGCGAGAAGCUCCAGCUCGCGCAGGUUCUCGUGGAGGACGUUGCUCACUUCAUCGCGCGAGCUGGGGCCUCCGUGGAUUCGUGUGAUACAGUUUUGUUGAGGCCUGGCGCCAGGCCGAACAAGGCGCCAGUGCUGCAGCUGGUUUACCCCAAGCUUGGGCACGAGCUGGUGGGCCCCGAGGGGGCCAAGUGGUGUGCGCGGUGCCGUGUCCCCUCGCCCUCGAAGGCGGAGUGCCCUGGCGCCGUCGCGUCGCGGGCCGCGGAGGCCAACCGUCGGAUCAUCGCCGACGGACUCAACGGCCACAAGCUUGUGCGUGUUGUCACGGAUCAGGCGCUCGACCGUAACCACUUUGCGGCGGUCGGGUGCCAGGUCUGCGGUGCUGCCACGUCGGUGCAGCUCAAAUCUCUGUCCCGACCCUGCACGAAGCCAGGGGUCCACGGGGCUCGGGCCAUAAGGGCCAUGGAGGGGGGCUACGUCCCUCAUGUGAAGGGGGCUAAGGUGCGCACCUCAGUGGUGGCCCUGGGCCCGUAG